AUGUCGCUGUUCAUCAUUGUGCCGCAUCUGUCGACAACGCCAUCACACGCUGUGGCACGCAAGUUUCAACAACCAACAGGAAUCAACCGCUACAAACGCAACAAGCCAGCACUACCGACACCACCGUGGCCGCAUGUUCUCGAUUUAUCGCUGGCUGACCCAAGUUUCGCAGUUUAUAUCCUUAUAGGCAUGGACGAAGUGGACAAAAUCCUACUAAAUGGGUUAAGAAAGGGUCAACAUGGCACUCCAAUGGCGCAAAACACUGUGUUCGGUUGGGUAUUGCUCGGGAACGCGACCAAUUUACAAAGGCAGCCCAAAUCUAUAACCACCUUACACUGUGACACGCAACUAACCGAGCGGGUCAACAAGUUCUGGGAACUCGAAGGGUUACGUCCGAGAAAGCAUUACACUCCCGAAGAACUCACCUGUGAACAACUUUUAGACGACACUACCGAGCGAGCUAACGAUGGUCGAUACAUCGUGCGCUUACCACUGAAGAAAUCCGUACCGAUAUGUGAAUCUAGAAGUAUUGCGGUCCGAGCAUUGCUCCGAAUGGAGAAGAGGUUUGCUACUGACAAACAACUCUAUCGAGAUUAUUGUAAGUUCAUGGAAGAACUUGUUGACUUAGGCCAUAUGGAGCUAGCUGGUGCCGUUACAGACGACGCGUACUACAUGCCGCAUCAUGCCGUGGUAAAACAUUCAAGUGCCACGACCAAGCUCAGAGUAGCAUUCAACGCGUCCAUGAAGAAGACGUCAUCCGGAAACUCGCUCAACGAUGCUCUGAUGGUAGGGCCGCAGCUAGAACGAGACCUAUUCUCCAUACUAGUUCGUUUCCGCACGCAUCGCUAUGGGCUGAUCGCGGACAUCGAGAAAAUAGUAACGUAUGGAGUGGCGUCGGCAUCGCAUCUUGCUGUGAAAUCGUUACAUCGCGCUGCGCUGGAUGUAGGCGAUGCAUACAAAGGGGUCGCUGGUGUCUUUACAAGGGAUUUCUACAUGGAUGAUUUGCUAACGGGGUCGGACUCCAUGCAUGGCUUAAUCACGCUCCAGAAAGAUGUCGCCUUCGUAUUGUCUCGGAGCGGUUUUGAAUUGCGAAAAUGGGCCACGAACUGUCAGCCGUUACGAGAACGAAUACCGCACGUUUCCAAGCAAGUUUUGCAUCUUUUAGCUGAAGGAAAUAAGAUCCGCACUCUGGGCUCCGUUUGGCACACCGAUAAAGAUUUGCUUUCUAUUGCUGUCAAUCUACAAGAAUUGCCUGACCAGAUCACAAAACGCGCGUUUCUAUCCGACUCAAGCAAGACAUUCGAUCUGCUUGGAUAA